AGUAUAUGAAAGUCUGGAGGAAAAUUUUAUAAUAGUACAAAGUAACCUAGGAAACAUAAGCCUUCAAAAUGUGGCAUGAAGCCAGAAAACAGGAGAAGAAAAUCAGAGGACUUAUGGUCGAUUACAAGAAAAGGGCAGAUCGACGAAGAGAAUUCUAUGAGAAAAUAAAACUUGAUCCCACCCAGUUUUUGAGGGUGUAUGGUCGUCCCGUAAAGGUGAAUUUGGAUCCUGCAGUUGCUAUUGCAGCAGAGAGCCCCCAAAGCAUGAUGCCUUGGCAAGGAGACAAAGAAAACAUGAUAGAUAGAUUUGAUGUUAGAGCACAUCUAGACAUCAUGCCUAAGUUCAAUCUUGUGGCACCACCAAUAUUGAGUCAGAGAGAGGAAGAAGAAGAGAGGAGAGCAAACUAUGAGAGAUAUCGAACAUUGGUUGAAAAUGAAAGUGCAGGAGUGUCAGAGGAACAAGCCUUGCAUCAAAUUUAUAUUGAUGAAAUGUAUGGUGCUGUAAACAAAGGGCCAGAGGAUGAGAAAAAGAAACUGGCAGAGAAGAAGGCAGCAAUAGGUUAUACAUAUGAAGACAGCACACCAACCCCUGAUAAGAAAGAGGAGGGGGAGAGUGAAGAGGAGGACUCGGACAUAGAUGUAGAGGCAAUGGAUCUAGAUGUUACUCUGGACAUUGAUACUUUGACAAAUGAACAGAAGACCUUGCUGAACCAGUGUGCACAGACGUAUGGGAUGAAGGACGAAGACUUUGUCUGCUGGUUAUCAAGAGACAAAGAGGAAAUGGAGGAAAUACGGCAAGCAAAAAUGUUGGAAGAGGAAAAGGCACAAUUUGCUGGAAGGAAGUCGAGAAGAGAGAGAAGGGCUUAUAAAGAGAAGAAGCUUGCUGGUAGAAAACUCAGCCCACCAAGCUAUGCUGCAAGAGAUAGUCCAAAAUAUGAACCAUAUCAAAGAAAGUCUUCAUCAUCAAGAUCCCGCUCGCGUUCACCUGAAGAGCACAAGAAGACAAAAGUGGAGUUCAUAACAAGUUUUGGUGGAGAAAGUGAUGAAGAGGGUGUGCUCCAGGGUCCUGCCCUUCCUCCACAAUUAAGUGUUAGCGAGUCAUCACAGACAUGUAAGAAGAAAAAAGAAAAGAAACGAAAAAGAAGAUACUCAUCUGCAUCUAGAUCUCGUUCAAGAACUCCACAGAAAUCACAGUCUAAAUGUAAAUCCCCAGAAAAAUCUAAAGCUUUAAGUGAAAAGACAGUUAAUGAAUCUCCUCAAAAAGAGAAGAAUGGGAAGCGAUCUGGAGAUUCUAGAAUGUCAUCUGGAUCACCUCGUAAGAGGGUCAGUCUCUCGCGAUCUAGAUCUAGGUCAAGAUCUUAUUCAUCUUCACGAUCAAGGUCAAGAUCAAAAUCUUCCAGAAGUAGGUCAAGGUCAAGUAGAUCAAGAUCAUCAAGGUCAAGUUCUAGGUCAACAAGUCCUGAAAAACCUGUAAUAAAACGAUAUCGUAGGAAAAGCCUGUCAUCUUCUGCUUCUAGCAGUGAUUCAGAGUCUGAUCGGAAAGGCAAAUCAAAUACUCAAAAAUCUGGAUCUGGUGUGGGUAAAACAUCCUUGGCCACAUCUCAAGUCAUCAAACUUACACCACAAGAACGCCUUAAGAGGAGAAUGCAAGCAGCAUUAAAUAAACAAUAUAAGGCAGACAAGAGGGCAGACAUCGAGAGACAGAACAAGAUGGAACAGGAACGUAUGGACAGAGAAGAAGAACUACGAAUUAGGACUCUAGAAUUGAGAAAAAGAGAGAGGGAGAAACGACACAGAGAAUUAGAAGGGCGCCAAAAUAGUAGUGACUCUGAUGAGAGAAGUAACAGUCCUCAAGUUAGAAAGCGAAGUCCUUCUCCUAAACAUAGGUCCCCAAAGCCAGAGAGACGGAGAAGUCCCCAGCAAGAACGUCGCAGAAGUCCUCUGUCUGAUCGAAGAAGGAGUCCAUUACAGGACCGCAGAAGGAGUCCCCAUUCUGAGAGGAGGAAAAGUCCAAGUAGGGAGCGAAACAGAGGUUCACCCGACAGAGGGAGAACCCAGUACUCCGAGAGGAGACGCAGCCCGGGGCAUUUAAGGCGGAGUGGGGAGAGACACAGGAGUCCAGUCAGGGGUAGACGAGAACGAAGCCCAAGGAGUUAUAGGCACAGAUCAAGAUCCCGUUCAAGGUCUCCAGACAGAAGACCAAGACUUGUCAAUUACUGAGAGACAGGACACCAAGGAGUGUGAAUAUAAUCAAUUGAACUACAUUGUAAAUUAUGUCAAUAAUUUCUACAGAAACAGAAAAAAUUGUUUAUUUUUAAAAAGUUUUUCUCAAGGUGGAAUCUGAUUGCUAUUUUAUAUACUUUAGUGCUGUAUAUUUGACAGUCAUUAGCAGAAUUUACAAAUGGACUAAAAAAGCUGUGCUUGUAUGUAUAAGACACAAAUAAUUACUUCUUAUACAGUAAAACUCGGUUAUAGCGAAGUCCUGGGGACCUGUGAAUUUAAUUCGCUAUAUCCGUAAUUCGUUAUAACUGUAUAACAAAUUCGUAAAACCAUAUAAAGCGAAUUCGCAAUAUGCAUGUUUUCCAUCAAGUAUUACUACCAAAUAUGUUAGGGAAGCAAAUAUUACAGAACAUACCUUUGAUAACUAAGGUUUUAUUGUGAAUUGAAUUUCAUAUAUAAUUGCAUGAACAAAAAUAAGUCGGUUCAAUUUAUCAAAUUUUGAGAUCUUUGAAAGUUUGUUAUAAAAGAUGUAAAUUUCAUCAUAUUUAACUUCAACGGGACCCAAAAUCAGUUCGUUAUAUCCGUAAAUUCGUUAUAUCAGAGUUCGUUAUAACCGUAAAAUUUUACAAGGAUUUGUUAAGAACUUUGCCGGGGACCCAGAAAAACUUCACUAUAUCCGUGAAUUCGCUAUAUCCAUGCUCGUACUAAACGAGUUUUACUGUAGCUGUAAUAGUUAAUUAUAGUGCAUUUUAUGCAUGCAAAUUCCUCUUCUCUUGUUUUUGAAUAUCAUUUAAAAUGAUAUGUGUAAACAAAUAUGUAAAAAUCUACAUUGUACAUUGUAAAUGGCAAUCAAUUGUACAAGCUAUUAACGUUAUGAAUGUGACAACAUGAUACCAUACUGGUAUUUUUGAAAUGAUAUGGCACUCUAUAACAAAAACCUGAUUUAUCAAUAUGAUGUGUUUUCAGUACAUUAAUACAUUGAUAUUGAUAAAGUCUAGUAUCAAUA